AUGGACAACUGCGGAGGCGGUCAGCGCCUGCCCCCGGACGGGGACGAGUUUCCAGCAGCGUACCAGGAGUUCGGUGGCAACAGCCAGCAGUACCGUUUCGUGACGACGAGCACCGCGACGGCAAGGACGUCGACGAUGAUGGCGAACGGCCGGCUCGUUUGCAACGAGAGCGACUCGUUCGUGAACGACGAGGCAGGGUUCAAGCUGCUCGAGAGCAACGUGGUCGCCACGGCUGGCAUUAUCUUGCCAGCGGACAGCAAUAGGAUCACCGGUUUGACCAGCGUGGAGAACGUCUGCCAGGAGAAGAUCGAGAUCACCGGCUACUAUCACAAGGACGUGCCCGUUAUCGAGGAAAUGCAGGACCUUGUCGAGAAGGACAGCCUGGACACGCCUCCGCCAUUGCCACUCACUGGCCCGCCAAACUUGGAGACGAUCUGCUCACCGAAGGCGGAACCAAUCUGCCCGUCCAAGUCAGAAACGAGCAGCUCGCCGUACGGGAGGAACGUCGCGAUCCUCGAGUUCACGCCGCGGAAAUUCUCACUGAACGGGGAACUUUGGAGGCAAGAUGACAAGUCCGAACGAUCGGUCCGAGAUAAGAUCGCGAUGUUCUCGUCGCAGAGUAGCCUGGACGGUCCUCUGUUUCCUAAUUCGGUAGUGGUCAGCGUUGCGACGAACAACGGCAGGAGAUUGCCCAGAUACAAGUCCACGGAGGACGUGUGCAACGACGAGAAAAACUCCGGACAGAAGGAGAGGGCCUCGUUCUUCGCGGACAGGACGCAGAGUUCUUUCGACUUGACGGAUUCGGGGAAGAACGUUGGCCAAGAUCUCGGCAAGAAAUACAGGCGAUCGUCGAGCACGACGCAGAACUCAUCGCUGACGUCGCCGACUAUCUACACCUCCAAGGCGUACCCGAUUGUCCCGCAAAAGCCAGCCACCUCAACGGGUGUAAACUCGUCGUUCGAAACAUCCUCGAUACCUAAAUCGCCGAUAAAGAGUUACUCUCUGACGACUUCGAGUCAGAAUUCGUCGUCGAGCGUCGCGGCGAAACCCGUGGCAUCAACCGCGCUGUCACGUGCCACCAGUUUCUCCGGGUCGAGCCCGUACAGUACUCAGGACAGAAGUUCGACAACGAGCGAGCUGUCGACGAUGUCGCAAGUUACGAGAACGAGCUCGUUGGCGUCCACGUUCAAAAGGCCGAACGAGGAUAUCAGGAGGACCAGCUUGAAUCAGUUGAUCGAGCAAAGGAAAAAGUCGAUAUCGAAGCUCAGGGGGUUGGUCAUUCCUGAGAAAGAGACGAUACCGUUGAUCGACGCGCCUAUCGUUGAUCUGCCUGAAAUCAAGUCGCGAGACUCGAUACUACUGCAUCAGCUACCAUUGAAAGUGAACAUUCAAGACAAAUGGGGUUCCCAGAGUUCCUUGGCGAGCAACGCGAGCACGGCGAGCGCCCCCCUGAAGAGCACCGCUUCCUUCAAGAUGCCAGCUCCUCAGAUACACUCCAAGUAUUCACCAGCCUUCAAGAGGAAGAGCCUCGCGGUGUACGGGUCCUCCUCGAGCAGUUCCACGAUAAACAGCAGCGCGAGGAAGAGCCCUUCGACCAGCUGCCAAACACCGCCUCUGUCCGAACCUCCGAAAAGCCUGGAGAGCAUCUGUAGUCCAACGCGAAGCGACUACAGCUUCGAGUUCGCGUCUACAGCCAGCUCGCCAGAGGGGCUACGCGGCAGGCCGAGGACGACACAGGCACAAAGGAAGGCCAGGAUGGAUUACGACGACUCGGACAACGAUUCUGCAGUGAGCAGCUCGCAGAGCAGCAUCUCCCGAGGCUUCAGUCCGCCGAUGUCGCCGGUUCCCUCGGAACGGUCUACCGUCUCGUCGGAGAGAUCCUACGUCUCUACGGAGGCCAGCUAUCAACGACGAUCCCUCAUUAUGGACAGCCCGACUAGAACGUACACGAGGGAGCCAACUGUAGAAUUUACCACCAGGUCUAACAUGGCGAACGACAGGCUGUUCAUCUCCGACAGAUCUUCGUCGAGUAGCAGCAGCUCCGGCCUCAGAUCGCCGACGACAGACUUGAAUUCCAGAAACUCUCAGAUACCACAGAGGCAAUUGAAGCGAUCCAACAGCACGGACACCAACUGCAGCACGUCUUCCACCCUCACUUCCGGUUCCCAGGCGAGCGCGGAGUCUCUGUCCAGAAGAGUACUGAAGCCGCAAAGCGUGGAAGCGAUCAAUCGCAAGAACAUCUUGGCCAGCGCCAGAUGCAGGAGCGGCAGGGAUUUGAAUGGCUCGCCGCUGAUCCAGAGGAAGUUCCCCGACGACGACGAGUGUCGAUCGUCGGCAAUUUCCGAGAACGGCGAGGACAGUUAUCAGAAGAAUCGUGCGAAAGACGCGGCUCCCAGCGCGCAGGACGUGAAGAUUGCCUACAUAGAGGUGACAGACUCGUUCGGGGAGGACGAUUCUUUCCAAGGAAAGAGCAACGACGGCUCCAGGUUAUUAUCCUCGAAGAGAAACGUAACGUCCGCGACGAUGGUGAGACCAGCCAAGUUCGAGAUGAUAGAACCGUCCAACGACCUGAAGAUGUGGGUACGUACGGAGGCGAAAGCUCUGGCAAGAUCGACCGAAGAAAAGACGGCUAAUAAGAUGGAGAAGAAGUCUCGCGACGUCGAUGUUAACUCGGUGGAUAAUUGCUUCAAGAGCAACAAGCCUGCCGUGAUCGAGAGCCAAGCACUUGGUCCGGUCGAUCUGUCUGUGUUGAGCAGUAGACGAAGACAAGAAAGCGAAAACGAACUCCUGCAGAAGCAACAGAUGUCGAAACAACGGUCUCCACCUACCGGCAUACCUACGAAAAAGUCUGCCGAAGAUCAGAACGAUCUUCUGACGAUUCUGACGACGAAGAGUAGAUCUAGAUCGGCGAUACACGUGGACGACGGGAGCUUUGGCCGAUCGAAGAGUCAGAUGAGCCUGGAGGAUAUUCUCAGUGCGAAGGCGGACGCGAAAUUGAGAGGUCAGAGCGGCGAGACGAGAAUCGAAAAGAACAGUACACUCUCUAAUGCGCAGAGUAAACCUCUGUGGGAGACCAGGGACAAUCGAUACGUUAGGAGAAGCACGACGUUGUUGAACGAGUUGUGGAGCGAGGACAAAUCGUUCUCGAAGGCCGGCACGCUGGAGAAAUCGAGACUUGCCGAUAGCAGCGGGGACGAAACGACGGAAAUCGAGAGGUCCAAGUCAAUGUUGCUAUCGAAAAUCCCAGUGACGAGAAAUCUUGGUCGAAGGAGCGCCAGUGUCACGGACGUGAAGAAGGCUGUGGAAGCGACCUGUGCCACCAGUCCGCAACAAACUGCCAAAACUACUCACAACCGGUUCCCCAGUUUAGACAGCAGCAUCGACGAGAAUGUGUCCCCGGCUGGAACUGACGUGGACACGGACAGAUGCUGCAGCGAGCAAUUUGGAAGUAUCAGUUCGUUAGCCAGCAGCACCAGCUUGAUUUCGCAGCAGGAAUUGGCGCAGCUGGUGGAAGAGGCGAGUCUCGAAGAAGCUCGGGGUGCCCACGACGUGAUAGUUGUGCUACUUCAUAAGGAGAAUCCAAGCGGCAGCGUUGGAAUCACUCUGGCUGGAGGGGCGGAUUGUGAGAUCAAAGAAAUCACGGUCCAUCGAGUGCUGGCUCAUUCUAUCGCCGACAAGGACGGCCGUGUGCAGAGAGGCGACAGGAUUCUCAGUAUAAAUGGCAGGAGCACGCACGGUCUCACGCACAGGGAGAGCAUCGCGGUACUCAAGCAACCUAGAUCGGAAGUCGUUUUGGUCGUCUCUCGAGCGAGAUCCGAGGAUGGCUGCAAACUGAAAUCACGGACCGCCAGCGUCGAAACUAUCAUCGAAGGAGAUAUUCAAUUCAACGUGCAUUCCUCUUUCGUAGGAUUCGAGACGAACGAUGCUGCAGAGGAUAUCGCGUGGGGUCCGCCGUCGGUUGUAGCGGUUUACAAAGACGGAACUGGCUUGGGAUUCAGUCUCGAAGGAGGUAGAGACAGCCCUCUUGGAGACAGGCCACUGUUGAUAAAGAAAAUAUUUACCGGAGGUGCUGCCGAGAAAACAGGUGCUUUGAAAGCGGGAGAUCAGUUAUUAGAAGUGAACGGUUACGACGUGACGCGUAUGUCGAGAAUCGAAGCGUGGUCCCUCAUGAAGAAACUGCACGACGGCGAAGUGAACCUCCUAGUCAGGCACCCUGCCACCAAAUCAUCGUGAAUGAUAGUCAAAUUAAAAUAACGAACCGUAUGAAUGCGACAUCAUUACGAUGCAACAAACUCCGAAUGGUUGAAAUGGCUAAUUUUCAUGUUGAAUUCGGCGUGUGCCAUCCCGCCGAUAUCUUCGACACACGAAAUUACAUUCUAUCAAGGGUACUUAGUUUGUCUUUUCUCGUAUUUUCAAAAAAUUACGAAUAUUUCGUUGAAACGUUACUUACAAUCGGGAUUCAUAUAUUGUGCUUAUAUGUAUGUAUAAUAUAUUGUUAAGUAAUUAUUUGAAAAUCUUAGUUUACUGGGAGAUUUUUUUUUUUUUU